CACAUCCGGCGCUUUUAAGAAAAACUUUAAACACUAUCUCUGUUUCUCUGAAGAUCAGUCAACGAAGUAUGUCAACGACGGCUACAAUUCUACUAUGCUAAUUUUAAACGGGAAAUGCAGUAGUCACGUGGUUAUAUUUUUAUCCGUAGGUGGCGGUUCACUAAUGACAUUCUCUUUGAUUAUCUACGCCUUGCUCUACAGAUACAGAUGGCGAAUACGAUAUCUGUACUACGCAGCCUAUCUGCAGUACAAAAAAUCUGGCAAACAGAAACAAAACGACUUCGAUUUCGAUGCUUUCAUUUCUUACGAUCACAAAGAUCACAAUUUUGUUGUGAACAAACUUUAUCCCGAGCUAAAGAAACGAGGGCUGAACGUGUUCAUUCACGGCAGAGAUUUUGUAGCUGGUGACUACAUCGCCUCGAACAUCGUCAAAGCUGUCUGUACCUGCAGGAAAACUGUGGUCGUCUUGACGAGGAACAUGAUCAACAGCUACUGGUGUGGCUACGAAAUUCAGAUGGCCAAUAUCGAGUCCAUCCACUCCGGCAGGCCGGUUCUCAUUUUUCUUCUGAUGGAAAAAAUUCCGGAGACUGACCUUGGCCGGGAACUGCUGUACAACAUCCGAAACAAUACUUACAUUCCGUAUCCUGAUCCACUGCCUGAUGCCACCAGCAUAGGGAGGUUAUGGGACAAACUUGCAAGUGAUAUCAGAAACUGAAGGAAUACGAAUCUGGUCUACAUUUAAAAUAAUGACAUGCAGAAAUCGACUGUGUUGUCAGGAACUGGUUACUUACAGAGCUGGUUCAUGGAGUCCUGAUCUAGAAAAACACGUGUCUGCUCCAUGAUGUCACGAAAUAACCUUAAGGAAAUCGUCAAUCUUUUUAUACCGUGGAUUUUGGAAGUUAUCCAACGGUUAACCGGGUGUUUACGGUUAUUAGAAAACUGUAAAUUAUUAACAAGGCUAGAAACCAGGAUGUAGAAAGUGUCCUCACAAUUUUCCUACUUUGUGUAGCGCUUU